ACAUACAUCAACUAUGAACAUAUUCUUGCUCCUGUUAUUUCUCAACUACGAGAUACUUGAAUCGAACGCAUACAAAGCGUCGAUUAUCAAUUGGGAACCAGUACCAGCGUAUACUGUGGAUGCUGCUAUGAUGAAAAGCAGUGAGAAGAUAUUGAAGACAUUUAACUUAAACGAGGAAAAGAGCGACAUUUACAUUUUUCCAGAAUACACCUACACUAACAAAAAUUACUUCGACUUGAUUUAUAGGCCAUGGAAUUUCGGGUUUGAUGUGCCGGAGGAGUCGGAAAAAUCGCUAUGUGAUGACUCAUUUGAGGGAAAUAAGUAUUUGAAGGAACUUUCGUGCGCGGCUAAGAAGGAAGAGAUUUACGUGGUCGUCCACGUGAUAGAGAAUGGUCCGGAUACGUUGUAUAACACAAUUCUUGUUUUCAAUCGAGAAGGGUCGCUGCAAAAAAAACAUCGAAAAAUUAACCUGAGCAACUACGAAAAAAGGUACUUCACUCCGGGCAAUACAUUCACCACUUUUACCACAGAUUUCAACGUGGAGUUCUCCUUGUUAACAUCCGAGGACAUCUUUCUAUACAACGAAGAAAACCAUCCGUCAAAAACCGACGUUAUAUUGUGCUCGUCGAUGUACGCAUGGAUGCCAUUCUUAAACCUCGUUUCCCUUUUCGACGGGUUUUCGAAGAAAUAUCAACGAAAUCUAUUGGCGGCUACAACGAAUUCGAAAACGUACGACUAUCCCGGAGCCAGUGGAUUUUACGGAAUGAACAACGACAAAGUUCAGUAUUACACUGAACAGUAUUAUAUUAUCCAUAACAAAAUCGAAACACACAUCCCCAAAGAUCAAUGCGAAAAUGCAGAAAAACCGCUGACCGGAAUCCUUGCUAUAAAACCUACAGUUGACGUAAGAACGGAAUUUGAUAGUUCCGAAUAUUGGAAUUAUCAAUUACAUCAACUUAAAAACGGCAAAAAUAAUUUCCAAUUGACUACAGAUGACAAGAAAAUCGUUUGCGAGUUUAAAGUAACACUGAAUGAAAAGCAAGAAAAUUACAAUGCCGCUCUGGCUUAUUCGAGUGGUAAAUAUUACGGCUGUGCGAUCGUGGCUUGCAAAACGGGCGAAAUGAAAAGUUGCGGAGGAAUAGUGAAAAGCAAUGCAAAUGAGAUGAGCGAUGUCGAGAUUCACACUAAAUUCGCGGACAUAGACAUCGAGCGCUUCAACUAUCCCGUAUCACUGAACACAGAAUUGGAACCGAUCGGAGAGUAUACGUAUUGCACGAACAAAAAUGGGAUAACUUUAAAGUCGAAAGGACCUCUGACCGAAAUGCUGACUUUGGGCUACUACGGCAAUGGUCCGCAGGGGAAAAAUUCCGGUUCUUAUGUUAAAGCCUCGCUGCUUACCGCCACGUUCAUUGUUCUAAACCUAUUUAAAUUUUUAUGUUAUGAAUCAUAAUCUUAUAAAAUUAUUAUAUCUAUAUGAUGUUUAUCUAUUU